CGAGCAGGCCCGGAGGGGCUCCGGGGGGGGGCUCGGCGGGGCUCCCACCAUGUCGGGCGAGGAGGAGGCCAGCGAGCUCACCAUCGCCGAGGACCUGGUGGUCACCAAGUACAAGAUGGGGGGGGACAUCGCCAACCGGGUGCUCCGUGCCGUGCUGGAGGCCGCGGCCGCCGGCGCCUCCGUGCUGUGCCUGUGCGAGAAGGGCGACGCCCUGAUCAUGGAGGAGACGGGCAAAAUCUUCAAGAAGGAAAAGGAAAUGAAGAAAGGAAUCGCCUUCCCCACCAGUAUCUCCGUCAAUAACUGCGUCUGUCACUUCUCCCCGCUCAAGAGCGACCAGGAUUACAUCCUGAAAAACGGGGAUCUGGUCAAAAUUGACCUGGGCGUGCACGUGGACGGGUUCAUCGCCAACGUGGCGCACACCUUCGUGCUCGGCGCCUCCAAGGAAAAUCCCGUUUGUGGCCGCAAAGCCGACGUCAUCAAGGCAGCUCACCUGUGUGCCGAGGCCGCCCUGCGCCUGGUGAAACCCGGGAAUCAGAACACACAAGUGACAGAGGCCUGGAAUAAAAUCGCCCACGCGUUUCACUGCACACCCAUUGAAGGGAUGCUGUCGCACCAGCUGAAGCAGCACGUGAUCGACGGCGAGAAAACCAUCAUCCAGAACCCCUCGGACCAGCAGAAGAAGGACCACGAAAAAGCCGAAUUUGAGGUGCACGAAGUCUAUGCUGUGGACGUGCUGGUCAGCAGCGGCGAGGGGAAGGCCAAGGACGCGGGGCAGAGAACCACCAUUUACAAGAGGGACCCGUCCAAGCAGUACGGGCUGAAGAUGAAAACCUCGCGCGCCUUCUUCAGCGAGGUGGAGCGGCGCUUCGACACCAUGCCCUUCACCCUCAGGGCGCUGGAGGACGAGAAGAAGGCGCGCAUGGGGGUGGUGGAGUGCGCCAAGCACGAGCUGCUGCAGCCCUUCAACGUCCUGUACGAGAAGGAAGGGGAGUUCGUGGCCCAGUUCAAGUUCACGGUGCUGCUGAUGCCCAACGGCCCCAUGAGGAUCACGAGCGGCCCCUUCGAGCCCGAGCUCUACAAAUCCGACCUGGAGGUGCAGGACGGCGAGCUCAAGGCCCUUCUACAAAGCUCUGCCAGCAGGAAGACCCAGAAAAAGAAGAAAAAGAAGGCUUCCAAAAACGCUGAAAACGCCACCACGGGGGAGACGGCGGAGGAGAACGAGGCCGGCGAUUGAGAAACCCUUGGAGUUCUCAAAUCGCCCCUUUUAUCCCCAAAACAAAAAAACCCAGAAAAAAACAAAAUUCCAUCCGGAAACGAAAGAAUCUGGUGUUGGUCCAGGCAGUCUGGAAUUCCCACAGAAUCCAACAGCUCCCGUUGACUUUGCCAAGGAGGGAGGAAUCUCUCGGUCACUUCAGACUUCCAAAUGAAAAAAAAAUAAUUAAAAACACCCCAGAAAGAGCAGCA